AUGAUCGAGCUCUGCUCGUCUUGCAGCAGCAAAGCCGCUGCCUCUAGCGUGCAAAGCAGGCCCUUCUCAAGCUCAGGCGUGGCAUGUGCAUCAUCUAAAGACCUCUAUUCGACCCUGGGUGUGAAGAAGGACGCAAGCACUAAAGACAUCAAGGGUGCUUAUUAUCAAUUAGCGAAAAAGUUCCACCCUGAUACCAACAAAGAGCCGGGCGCAAAAGAACGCUUUGUGGAAAUUCAGAAUGCGUAUGACGUGCUAUCCGACGAAAAGAAGAAAGCAGCGUACGACCAGUACGGCUCGACUGAUGGCACUUCCCCUGGGUUCAAUCCAUUUGGCGGUGGUGCCUCCCCAUUUGGAAGUGCGGGUGGAUUCGGCGGGUUCAGUCCAGGUGGAGCUGGCGGCUUUGGCGGCUUUUCGUCCGGGGAUGCAUCGACCAUUUUCGAUUCGAUCUUUGGCGCAUUCGGGGGCGCUCGCACGGGCCCGAGUGGGCGAGGGACUGCUGGGUUCGGCGGUGCAGGAUUCUCCGGAGGGGUAGAGCGCGGUGAUGAUAUUGAGACUACCAUCAAUAUAUCUUUUGAGGACGCAUGCCGAGGAACUACGCGCAAAGUAACCAUCACGCCUGUCGAGCGAUGCGGUCCAUGCGAAGGUCAAGGCCUCAAGAAGGGCGCACGGCGAAGUACCUGUGGCAUAUGCAACGGGACGGGCACACGGACCUUUGUCAUCCAAUCCGGGUUCCAGAUGGCGAGCACGUGUCCUGCCUGUGGCGGGUCCGGUCACGUGGUGAACCCAGGCGACUCAUGCACGGACUGCGACGGCGUAGGUCGCGUGCGGGGUCGGCGGACCGAGGAGAUCCGUAUCCCAGCCGGCGUCGACGAUGGCACUAAGAUCCGCGUCGACGGCCGUGGAGACGUACCGCUGACCGGCGCAGGUAUACCAGGAAGUCUUUACAUUCGCGUCAAUGUCCAACCGAGCAAGAUCUGGCGACGUCAAGGCAGCAACUUGUACUACUCGGCCUCGGUCCCAUUCCACACCGCCGUGCUGGGUGGACGCGUGCGUGUGCCGACGCUCGACGGCGACGUUGAGGUCCGCGUUCCGCAGGGCACACAGGUCGGCGAAGAGAUGCUACUCCGUGGGCGUGGCGUUCCGUUGCUCGGCCGCGCUAGGAACGCUGCGGGGAGUGCCAACGCGAAAGGAGAUCUGCUCGUGCAGUUUGACGUCAAGAUCCCGCGUAGCUUGACGCCUCGGCAGAGGGAGAUCUUGCAGGAGUACGUGGCAGAGAUAGAGGGCCGGUCCAACAGCAAGUCGCCAGCUGCGCCAAGGGCGGGGGUGACCGGAGGCUCGUCGCCACAAUCGAGUGCUUCUGGUGGCAAUAGCGGCAAUGCAAACAAGAACACCUCAGCCUCACCGUCUCGUUCUUCACCAACGUCGUCGUCAACGUCCUCCACCACUUCUGCUUCCUCGGGGGCGAAAGAAGAAGCAAAGGGUGCGUCUCCAGCUCAAACCUCCCCUCAGUCCAGUUCCAGUCAGCAUGUAGAAGGAAGGGCGAGCGCGGAAGGAGCAAGCGUUAGAGAUGGUGCUAGGGAUAGCGGUGCGGCAGUUGGUGCAGGCGCCGGCACGGACAAGGCUAAAGGGUCGUCCCCUGGGGCUCUCGGCCGUGCGUGGGACUGGCUCACCGGCAAGAAGGAGUGA